UAGUAUAAAAUCCCUCCCUAAGUUAUCAAGAGUUGUUAGCUCUUGAGUCACCACUCCAGGUAAACUGCUAAAGAGCCAUGAGGAACCUCUGACCUCAAGGUGGUUGAAGACAUUACUUCUGUCAGCACCACACUAUGGCUUUUGUCAGUGCACUGUUAAUGCUGCUGCCUGUUGCAUGGGCAUGCAUUCCCCAAAAAGCAGAUUACGUUAUGGUGUCAUGUUUCCCUAAUGCCAUAAUUGCCAACGUCCCAGAGUGUCCUUACGGCUGGGAGAUUGAACACUUGUCUCUCGGUGGAGUCUGUUACAAUGGAAUGCACAGCCCAGGUUACUACCGCUUCACCAUCCCAGAUCUCACACCCAAAAAUCACUCAUACUGUGGGACUCAGUCUGAGUACAUUUCCGGCAAAGACCCCAAAUACAUCUUCUACAACUCCAUUGUGUCCAACGAUACUUCACUGACAGUCAGAAACCAGCCUGUGAACUACACCUUCAGCUGCACGUACCGAGCAGCCUAUCUGGUUAAUAAUGCGGUCUUUAGCCAAAGAGUGGCUACAGUUUAUGUCAACAAUGGGAGUAUAGGCACUUUUAGAUCACAGUUGUCUAUGAAUGUGUUCACGAAUUCAAAGUUCCUGUAUGCCAAGGACGCUCCCUAUGUGAUUGAUACCUCUGAGAUCGGCUCUGAAGUAUUCAUUGGCAUCGAGGCAAAAGGUCUAAGUAACAGAUUCAAAGUUGUGAUAAACAACUGCUGGGCAACUCCUUCACCUUACUCCACAGACAGGAAAAGGUGGAGCCUCAUCAUUAACAGCUGCUCCUCUGACAACACUGUGACUAUUUUUGAGAACGCCAAAGACAGCCGCUCCAUGUUCAAGUUCAACUCUUUCCGCUUCCAGCGGCAGGAGAAGGUGUCCACUGUUUGGCUUCACUGUGAGGUCCAGGUCUGUGAUGGAGAAAUGAUCACCUGUCAGCCAAGCCCCUGCUCUGUGAGGAGUUUGUCAUCAGACGUAGACCCAAAUGGGGGGAUCCUUACUGCUGAAUUUCACAUUAAAGGUAAUCAGUCUUCUAAUAAUGGACACAUAACAGGCGUCUCAGUGCUCAUCCUGCUUGUGGUCCUGAUAAACACAUGUUAUGAUUUCAUCAACGGAUCAAGAAUUUUAUAAAACAAAAUCAUCAGUUUCCAUUAACACACAAACACAGAGGGGAGUGCCACCCAGGACUCAGGGAGCGUAUGAAUACAUUCCUCCCCACGCGAUCAUUAUCUCACAAUAUGAUUUUUAUUUCGCAUGUUUAUUGAUGCUUUGAACCUUGUGUGAUAUUUCACUCCUU